AUGGCUGACGCACCACAGGGCCCCAUGGUCAGCCGGCCCUUGCUGUUUGCCACGGAGGAGCGGCGGGCCGUCCACUCCUGGUCCCGGAUCUCUUCGGCGGGGCACAACGUCCUCCUGGACGCGCUGAAGAUCCUCAGCCCGGUGUCGCGGGACAUCUCCAGCACGGAGGAGCUGGUGACCUUCCUGCAGGAGCUGAGCGAGGAGGGCCACAAGCCCACGGUGCUGCACAGCAAGGACGUGUACGCCUACCGGUCCUGCACCAGCCAACCGCUCACCGAGGACAUGCUGCGCCCGGCCAGCCGGGGCCUAAACCGGCCGGCCUCUAAGAAACGGAGGAGGAGGCCCCUGGUGAAGAAGAGGGAGGUGCACCCGUCCUGGAACGUCUCGGACAGGAGCGGCCCCCGGAUCCAGGGGGUCCGGCCCCCGGAGGCGCUGGUGGACCACCGGGCGGUGGUCUGCAGCCGCACGCCGAACCGGAUACCGGUGCACGAAGACGUUCAACCGUUCCUCAGACUGACCAACAUCGAGGGGAUGUCCGGAUUCCCUACGGCCAGACUCCAGAUCCACGCCGGGGGGGGGGGCGGGGGGGGCCCCACGCGGGCCGUGGCCCUGUUCAGCCAGAAGAGCCUGUCCUGCCCCAUCCGGCUGGACGGCGCCCUGAUCGGAGACUCGGCGCCGGUUUUCUACGCCAACGGCCGGGCGUUCCCGGAGACUCACACCGAGCUGAGCAGCAACGGGUGGAGAGGGGGUGGGGGGGGCGGGGGGGGCGGUAACGACUUCCCUCAAGAGCUACCCAGCAUACCCGCCCAGCAGAGGAACGGCUGGAAGGACAAGAAGAGCUUGAGGCGGAAGGUGGUGAAGGUGGACGACUCGCGCUCGGUGGCCGAGGCCUGCAUCAAAGCCCAGAAGAUCCUGCAGGUCAACCUCUGUCCGGUGAUCCAGAUCCAGCCCCUCAACCACGUCCUGAGAGACUUCAGAUUCCAGAACAAAUGA